AUGACGAUAUCGAAGGGAGGAGGAUAUGGGACUGUCCGUCACAGGGAUGACAUCGACGACGGGGCCGACAGCUCAAGUAGCUCAGCAAUCGGUUCCAUCCAAGACGAGCCAAAGAGGAGUUGGAAAUCGUACCUCUGGGACACAUUCGACAAGUCUCCCGAAGAGCGACGAUUCCUGUUCAAGCUAGAUGUCGCCUUGAUGACCCUGGCAUCUCUGGGGUAUUUCAUGAAGUAUCUCGAUCAGGUCAACAUUAACAAUGCCUUCAUAUCUGGAAUGAAGGAAGACAUGGGCCUCUUCGGUAAUGAGCUCAACUAUAUGCAAACCUUCUGGACAAUUGGAUAUGUGAUAGGCGAAAUACCGAGCAACUUGCUCUUGACCAAGAUCAGACCUAGUAUUUGGAUUCCUGCUUGCGAAGUCAUCUGGUCCUUGUUGACCGUCCUCCUGGCUAAGUGCACCACGACGACACAGCUAUAUACCCUUCGUUUCUUUAUUGGACUCGCCGAGAGCACUUUCUACCCCGGAAUGCAGUACAUUAUUGGAUCAUGGUAUCGCAAGGACGAGCUAGCCAAGCGAUCGUGCCUGUUCCACGCGAUGGGAAAUGUAGGGUCCAUGGUGUCAGGAUACUUAAUGGCGGGAGCAAUCAAUCUCGACGGGGUGCACGGUUUCCAUGGAUGGCAAUGGCUCUUCAUCACCAACACGGUUGUGUCGCUCCCCAUCGCCAUCUCAGGCUUCUUCUUUCUUCCUGACGUGCCCGAGAUUACCAGGGCAUUUUACCUGACGCCGGAAGAGGUCAAAUUGGCCAAAAAGCGAAUGCAGCUCGAAGGUCGAGCCCAGCGCUCCCCUUUCACGAAGGCAAAAUUUAUCAAAAUCUUCUCCAGCUGGAAGAUUUACCUGCUUACGUUAAUCUACGUCCUCUUUAAUAACGGGAACGGCGGAGCGUCCCAACCCGCUUUCGCCAUAUGGUUGAAACAGCAAGGCUACACGGUCAGGGAGGCCAACAUUUACCCCACGAUCACUGAGGGAAUCGGCAUCGUCACCACCCUCAUAUACGCCUGGACCUCGGAUGGAAUAUUCAAAGGGGCUCGAUGGCCUGCCGUGGUCUUUUCGGGUGUGGUGAAGAUCUUUUCCUACACCUGUCUGACGAUAUGGAACAUACCCACGGCGCUGACUUGGAUAUCUUUCCUGCUUUGUGGAUUUGGAGGGGGUAUCAGUGGUCUAUUAUUUGCCUGGGCCCACGAGCUAUGCGGGGACGACAACGAGGAGAGGGCGCUUGUCACGGCCAUGAUGAAUGAGGUGGCAUACAUAUUCCAGGCGUGGGUGCCGCUGGUGAUCUGGCAGCAAGUGGAAGCCCCGAGUUAUCCAAAGGGUUAUCCCACCAUGAUCGUGAUUGCGGCUGCCCUGAUUAUCAACGCUUUCGUGCUCAGGUAUCUGCACCAUCGUUACGUCAAGCCCACGUCAGACUCGCGAGAUGAGAUCCAGUACGAACCUAUUCCGUCGGUCGAGCUAUUAAGCGAGCACUGA